AUGGCGGGGAUCCUCUUCGAGGAUAUCUUCGAUGUGAAGGAUAUCGACCCCGAGGGCAAGAAGUUCGACCGUGUGUCCCGUCUGCAUUGUGAGAGUGAGUCCUUCAAGAUGGACCUUAUCUUGGAUGUGAAUAUCCAGAUCUAUCCCGUGGACCUUGGGGACAAGUUCCGCCUGGUCAUUGCAAGCACCUUGUACGAAGAUGGCACCUUAGAUGAUGGUGAAUAUAACCCCACAGAUGACAGGCCAUCCAGGGCAGACCAAUUCGAGUACGUGAUGUAUGGCAAAGUAUACAGGAUUGAAGGGGAUGAGACUUCCACAGAGGCAGCCACGCGCCUCUCUGCUUACGCAUCCUACGGAGGGCUGCUCAUGCGGCUGCAGGGAGAUGCAAACAACCUGCAUGGGUUUGAAGUGGACUCUCGAGUUUACUUGCUGAUGAAGAAGCUGGCCUUCUAGGACACCGGCCCCUGUGGGCUGCCCCAGAGAUGUUCUGCUGGCACAGAAAGGAGUAAUCAGGAGCCCUGUGACCACAGAUCCUGUUCCAGCACUCUUGCUUUCUGGCCUCUUCAGAGCUGGGAGAGGAAGGUGCAACCCCCCUCCUCAUCCUGGCCUGUUCUGACUCCUGCUGGGAUCUGCAGUCCCAUCUCCUGCAUGGAGAGAGCUGCCUGACAGCUGAGUGAACACCAUGCUGGAUGCUCUGUGGUCCUGCGUGCUGGGCAUCUCCUCAGCCCUGCCUUCUGUGCUUCAAAAGCAUGUGCAAUCCCAGCUAUGGUCCAGGACAGCUGUCUGCCUCAGGAAUAGGAACCACUUUGUAAGGAACCAUCCUGGGCUAGGUUUUGA